GUUCUCCUGCGCAUAAACAUGAUUUGUAGCUGAGGAAUUUGUUGAAUAGAGACUGUGACACGGGGACAAAUUUCAUGAAAUGUGAAUUUUCUUUUUUUCAAUUAAGGGCAGUGCGUGAACAUACUGAUGAAUAAUGUUUAUUAGUGUUUUUUCCAGAGCUCCAUCCACCCAAACACUGUGUGCUCAUCCGCUCCUGUCACACUGUUGUGUGUUCAGCUGCUCAGCUUGCUCUCUGUCUCAGUUGUCAGUGUUACAGCCCGGACAUCACUGGAAACAUGAUGUGCAUGCUGUGAGACUAGCACAGAUAAUCUUCUAAUGCUGGGCUCUGCACCUGUGUGUCUUCUUUAGAACAUUUGUGUUACUUUUCAAUGGAAAUGUAGUCUACACUGAAAAGUCUCAAAGAAGACAUAAAUGACACGAGCUCAACAAGAAACAACCAUCAAAACCUCUCAACAUGUUUUUCUCUGUUCUGUUCCCUGGAUGCUUCUAAUGACCUGGAAGUGCCAGCAUGUUUUAUGAAAUCUGAGUGGUUCUCUUUGCCACUGGGUUUUGUUUUGUUAAGUUCGACAGAACCGCAUGGGAAAUAUACCCUUCAUCUAUUAUGCAAUAAUGAUUACAAGCUUAAUGGAGGACUAUAGCAAACAGGCAGAGGUGGAGAGAUAAAGGGAGGGUGAAAGAAGGAGUAAAGAGACGAUUUGGGGUUUUUCCACACACUGUUUUGUGGAUGAUGUGCUUUGCCGCUUUGUAGAUUGUGUAAAUUUUUCUGCUUUGGAAGGGACUAAAAAACUGCACCCGUCUUCACACCAAACCACUUACACUUCAUUUGAAUCAAUCCAUUUACUCAGAUCUGGGGUUUCUAACUCAUCUCAUUCCUUCACCUCCAAGUUCGUCUUCACACACGUUCUUCUCCUUGGGUCAAAGCUCCGCUCCAGCGCCACUGCAGACCAACAGCAACAGCAGCGGAGUUAUCUUAGACAUCUCCAACCUAAAGAUGGAGCAGCAGGAGACUGAGGUUCCUCCGCUGCCACCACGCUUCCGCUUCAGAGACCUGCUGCUCGGGGACCAGAGCUUCCAGAAUGAUGACAGGGUGCAGGUCGAGUUUUAUGUGAAUGAAAACACCUUCAAGGAGCGUCUGAAGCUUUUCUUCAUCAAAAACCAAAGAUCAAGCCUGAGGAUUCGUGUGUUCAACUUCUCCCUGAAGCUGCUCACCUGCCUGCUGUACAUCAUCAGAGUGGUGACAGACAACCCCGGUCAGGGCGCCAGCGCCAGCCACAGCGCAGGACAGCAGACUGCUCCCAAUGGCAACAACAAAUGUGUUGACUGCCAGUGGAAUGGAUCAGUGCAGGACAGAGAAAUUAACUGGGAGUUGAUCUUCUGGGUGGAUAGAAAGGUUCCUGUCUGGGCCAUUCAAGUGAGUGUGGCCAUCAUUAGUUUCCUGGAGACUAUGUUACUGAUGUAUCUGAGCUACAAGGGGAACAUUUGGGAGCAGAUAUUCCAGGUGUCCUUUCUUCUGGAGAUGAUCAACACAGUUCCCUUCAUCAUUACAAUCUUCUGGCCCUCUCUUCGGAACAUCUUCAUUCCCGUGUUCCUCAACUGCUGGCUGGCCAAAUGUGCUCUGGAGAACAUGAUUAAUGAUGUCCACAGGGCGAUCCAGAGGACAAACUCAGCCAUGUUCAACCAGGUCCUCAUUCUCAUCUGCACCUUACUCUGCCUGGUCUUCACUGGCACAUGUGGAAUCCAGCAUCUGGAACGAGCAGGCAAGAACCUCUCUCUCUUCAAUUCCUUCUACUUCUGCAUCGUCACCUUCUCCACCGUGGGCUUUGGAGACGUGACUCCCCGCAUAUGGCCCUCCCAGCUGCUGGUAGUCAUCAUGAUCUGUGUGGCUCUGGUGGUGCUGCCUCUGCAGUUUGAGGAGCUGAUCUACCUGUGGAUGGAGAGGCAGAAGUCUGGAGGGAAUUACAGCCGCCACAGAGCACAGACAGAGAAACAUGUAGUACUGUGUGUCAGCGCGCUCAAAAUAGACCUGCUCAUGGAUUUUCUCAAUGAAUUCUACGCUCAUCCCAGACUGCAGGAUUACUAUGUGGUGAUCCUGUGCCCAAGUGAAAUGGACCUGCAGGUGCGGAGAGUGCUGCAGAUCCCUCUGUGGUCACAAAGGGUCAUCUAUCUGCAAGGAUCCGUUCUCAAAGACCAGGAUCUGCUGAGAGCCAAAAUGGAUGACGCAGAGGCUUGUUUUAUUCUAAGCAGUCGUAACGAGGUAGAUCGCAUGGCUGCGGACCAUCAGACCAUCCUGAGAGCCUGGGCUGUGAAGGACUUUGCUCCUAAUUGCCCCCUUUAUGUCCAGAUACUCAAACCUGAAAAUAAGUUCCAUGUUAAAUUUGCAGAUCAUGUUGUGUGUGAAGAAGAGUUCAAGUACGCCAUGUUGGCUCUUAACUGUGUUUGUCCUGCCACCUCCACCUUGGUCACACUGCUUGUACACACCUCCCGUGGACGAGAAGGACAGCAGUCGCCGGAGCAGUGGCAGAGGAUGUACGGAUGUUGCUCUGGCAACGAGGUGUACCACAUCCGACUGUGCGACAGCAAGUUCUUUGGGGAGUAUAAUGGCAAAAGCUUCACAUAUGCCUCCUUUCACGCUCACAAGAAGUAUGGCGUGUGUCUGAUCGGUAUAAAGAGGGAAGACAACAAGAGCAUCCUGCUGAACCCUGGCCCGCGCCACAUCAUGGCUGCCACCGACACCUGCUACUACAUCAAUAUCACUAAGGAGGAAAACUCAGCCUUCAUCUUUAACCAGGAGGAGAGGAAGGGCCGCCCUGCCGGGGGAAUCUACGACGGACCCUCACAGCUUCCUGUGCACAGCAUCAUCGCUAGCAUGGGUACUGUUGCCAUGGAUCUUCAGAACACGAGUCCACCUGACGUUUCAGGUGAUAAACUGGUCCCGCCUACAGUAAACGGCACAGGGAGCCGCCGGCCGAGCAUCGCUCCGGUUCAGGAGCUCGCUGACUCGUCCUCAAUCCUGCCAUGCGACCUCCUCAGUGACCAAUCAGAAGAUGACUCCGUCUUCACAGAUGACAAAGACCACUCAUCUACUGAGUACGUGAAAGGUUAUCCCCCUAACUCUCCGUACAUUGGGAGCUCGCCCACCUUGUGCCAUCUGUUGGCUGAAAAAGCCCCGUUCUGCUGCCUACGACUGGACCAGGGUUGCAGGCACAACAGUUUUGAGGAUGCCAAGGCUUAUGGUUUUAAAAACAAACUCAUCAUUGUGUCCGCGGAGACUGCGGGGAACGGUCUCUAUAACUUCAUAGUGCCUCUCAGAGCUUAUUACAGACCCAGGAAAGAACUCAACCCCAUUGUCUUGCUGCUGGAUAACCCUCCAGAUAAUCACUUUCUGGAGGCCAUCUGCUGUUUCCCUAUGGUCUACUACAUGGCUGGGAGCAUAGACAAUCUUGACAGCCUGCUGCAGUGUGGCAUUAUCUACGCCGAUAAUUUGGUUGUUGUGGAUAAAGAGAGUACGAUGAGUGCCGAGGAAGACUACAUGGCUGAUGCCAAAACUAUUGUCAAUGUACAGACGAUGUUCAGGUUGUUUCCCAGUCUCAGCAUCAUCACAGAGCUUACUCAUCCAUCCAACAUGAGAUUCAUGCAGUUCAGAGCAAAGGACUGCUAUUCACUGGCUCUCUCCAAGCUGGAGAAGAAGGAGCGAGAUAAAGGCUCCAACUUGGCCUUCAUGUUUCGCCUACCCUUCGCUGCAGGCAGAGUGUUCAGUAUCAGCAUGCUGGACACUCUGCUCUAUCAGUCUUUUGUGAAGGACUACAUGAUCCUCAUUGCGAGGCUGCUGCUGGGACUGGACACCACUCCCGGAUCAGGAUACCUCUGUGCUAUGAAAGUGACAGAGGAAGAUCUAUGGAUUAGCACUUACGGCAGACUGUUCCAGAAACUCUGCUCCUCUAGUGCCGAGAUUCCCAUCGGGAUCUAUCGGACAGAAUCCCACAUUUUCUCUACAUCUGAGUCUCAGGUGUCAGUCAGUGUCGACGACUGCGAGGACACCAAGGACAGAGGGGACGAGUCUCGUGCCAACGACCAAUCAGAUCACCCCCUGCUGAGGAAGAAGAGCAUGCAGUGGGCGCGGCGGCUCAGUAAGAAAAGCGUGAGGUGGCAGGGGGCGAGUCGCGACUCGAGCAAGGACCACGCCCAGCGCAUCGCCCAGCAGCGCCUCAACCUCUACCGACGCUCCGAGAGGGAGGAGCUGUCUGAACUGGUCCGCAACCGCAUGAGGCAUCUGGGCCUGCCCACCUCAGGAUAUGAAGACCUGACUAAUCUGACAGCCAGCGACGUCAUGAACAGAGUCAAUCUGGGCUACUUACAAGAUGAACAGAAUGAUCACCAAAACACCCUGUCGUAUGUCCUGAUCAACCCUUCUCCUGACACCAGGCUGGAGCUCAAUGACAUUGUGUACUUGAUUCGUUCGGACCCUCUGGCACACGUCCCCGAGGAGCCUCCUGUCCACAGCAGCAGCCUGAAAGAGAGACACGAGUCCAGCAUAGACACCAGAGAGGACACCCAGCUCUGAUAGCAUGCUGACCUUCACUGGUACCCUCCUUCCUAAUCUCCCCCUUCAGUUUUCAUGGGGGGGUGUGGCUGUGUCCACACAGGUCCAGUGUGACAGAGGACAAUUUGUGCUAUUAUGUUCCAGCACGGCAGUCUACCGCUGUAUUAUACGAGUGCCUACUGUUUGGCAGAGGAUGUUUGACGUCAUCUGUGACAUUUUCAUCCUCUUGCCACAGACACUGUAUGUAUGAAUAGUGCAUUUAUUUCUGUGAAAGCUCUCUCCAAAGAGCAGUCAGGGACACACUUGUUAAAAAAAAAAAAAAAUUAUUCAACUAACUGAAGAGAUUUCAAUCAGGUCAACCCCACCUGCAGUGUUGCCCUUGGUUAGAGGUAAUCUGAUUCACCAAACAAAAACACUGAGAUCACAGGAAAAAUCCUUAUAAGGGUCACUGUCAUUUAAAAGUCUGCAGUGAACUGUCCAUUUUGUUUCUGCUCCUUUUGGGUCGUGGGUCCAGAGCAAAGCAGAGAUUCUGGGAUGCAUCCAUCUUUUCCUUACUUGUUUGAGAUUACCACAGAUCAGAUGCAAAUAAUCAAAAUUUCCUUGUGCCAUACAUACCUAUCAACCAUCACUCACAUAAAAUAAAACAUUAAAUUCAACACUAUGUGACUUAAAUAAAAUAUGUGCAUUUAAAGCUUUUAUAUAAAGCUUAUUUUUUUGUAGCUGAACCGUAGAGGUUAGUUAUUCAGUCGUGUAGAGGUCUACAAACAGUGGUGGUUACUUGUAUGUUCGCUGCGGUACAUUUCUUAGGUUGAGGUUUGUGCACUACAAGACCUGAGUUCAACCCUAAAUAUUCUGUGCCAUAUAUUAAAUAUUGUGCCAUUAAGGAUUCAUUAAGUAAUCAGACAACCUCAUUUUACUUUCAGCACUGCUCAGUGAUUUGUGGCUGUUUGGGUGAGGUUUGUAUUUCUAAAAUGCUACAUCCUGUACACAAGAAUUUUUGAUUGCAACUCUUACAUAUUUAAAUGUUUAAAUAUGAAAAUAUUUGUACUUGAGUUUCAUUUUAUUUCAAUUUGCACAUUAAAGUGCGAUAGUAGGAAAAAAGCACAUUGAAACUGUUUUGAGUUGUCUAAUGAUUUAGACUCAGCAUUGCUAUGUGUUUAACUUUGGAAUGGGAAUAUAAAGGAAAAGGCUGACAUUUGAUAGUCAGUGGUGAAGGCUGGUAAAUUAAAUUUAGCACACAGCAGGAAAUACAUUUGUCAUAGUUAACAGUGUGAAUGGAAAGCAGGAGACAACAUUAAGUGCAAAGAAACAAAGAGAGAAGGAUGAAACAAAGUGGUGAUGUAAAAGAAAGGAAGAAAGAAAGGAAGGAAGGAAGGAAGGAGCUGUGUGACUAAAAUAACAAGGGAGCCACAGAACUGACAAUCAGGACUGGAGAAGAGGUCUAAUCAGGAAACAAGUGAAAACACCUGUGUGGCUUCACCGUGGGCAUGUGGGGGCUUGAUGAGUCGUAUGUGGGAAAUAAACAGCAACAGAAAGAUCAGGUAAUGGCACUUUUCUUUUUUUUUUUCAAAUAUUCUUCAAAUUAACAAGUUAAGUCUUUUUCUAAUCUAAUUUGUACAAACACCAAAGUGUAAAAACAAGUUGUGGUUUUAUUGGGGGUUACUGAGUAUAUUAACUCAAGCAUUGUACUUAAAUACUAAUUUGAUGUAUCUGACUUGGAAUGCCUUUAAAACAUGAUGCUUUGUGAAUGAUUAAACUAGAUUUUAGACUGUU